AUGGCAUCACUGUUCCUGUUCAGCAAGAUGGCGUUAAACCUCUCCGUCAGUGUUCAUCCGGUGGUUCUACUGACCAUCGUAGACUCUUAUGAAAGAAGAAACGAGCAUGCCCAGCGGGUCAUUGGAACUCUUCUUGGAACCAUGGACAAGGGUAAGGUGGAGAUCACCAACUGCUUCUCCGUCCCCCACAACGAAUCUGAUGUCGAGGUAGCAGUUGAGCUGGAUUUUGCCAAAGACAUGUACGAGUUAUAUCACAAAGUGAACUUGACAGAGACCAUUGUGGGAUGGUUUGCCACUGGACCUGAAAUUACUGAGCAUUCUGUUCUCAUUCAUGAAUAUUACUCCAGGGAAUGCCCAAACCCUCUUCAUCUCACUGUGGACACCUCCCUCUCCAAUUUUGGACUUGAUGUCAAGGCAUACAUUAGUGUGCCAAUGGGAGUUCCUGGAAAAACAAGUGGCACCAUGUUUGCAUCUCUACCUGUUGCCAUCACAAGCUAUGAACCUGAAACAGUUGGAAUCACAGCUAGUUUGAAAGGAGGGGUUAAUCCUCAGAAGGUGGUGGAUUGUCCAUCUGACCUCCAGCAAGUGGCAGCUGCAUCCAAGCGCAUGCAAGAGAUGUUGGAUGUGGUGAUGGAUUAUGUGGAUCGUAUUUUGGAGGAAAAGAUCCCUCCCAACAAAGAGAUUGGUCGCCAUCUCCUUAGUCUUGCCCAUUCCAUUCCCAAGAUGUCUCCUGAGGAAUUUGAGGAAAUGCUCAACACCAACGUGAAG